AUGGCAUUAUCUUCUGCUUGGUCACCUACGCUCCUUACAACCACCCAAUCCUCCUCACCUCCCAAACUAGUCCAUUCUCAUUCCCCGCUCACCUCCUUGACCUUCCCUUCCAAACCCACCACCACCACCCACACCAUUGUUCCCGCGCUUUCCCACAAAUGGAGAGCCAGAAUUUCCUUCUUUCCUGCGUUUUCGAGCAAAGGCAAAGACGCCAAAACUCUCAAGGUGGAGCUUCUCGAUGCCAUUGCUUCGCUCGAUCGAGGCGCCGGCGCCGGCGUUUCCUAUCCUCUGCUUUUCAUUGCACGCAAACUUGAAGCAGUUACUCCCGUAAAGGAGCCACUCAAAUCUGGUCUACUCGAUGGAAAAUGGGAGCUUCUCUACACUACUUCAAAAUCUCUUCUCCAAACUGGGAGACCCAAGUUUUUAAGAUCGAGAGUGAACUACCAAGCAAUCAAUGUGGACACUCUCAGGGCCCAAAAUAUGGAGUCGUGGCCAACUUUCAAUCAGGUAACAGCCGAUUUAAUACCUCUGAAUGCAAGAAAAGUGGCUGUAAAAUUUGACUAUUUCAAGAUUGCAGGCCUGAUACCUGUUAAGGCACCAGACAAAACCCCUGGUGAACUGGAAAUUACAUAUUUGGAUGAAGAGUUGCGUGUCUCAAGAGGUGAUAAAGGAAACCUGUUCAUUUUGAAAUUGGUUGAUCCAUCCUAUCGAGUUCCUGUCUGAUGCAUACAAUUAUAUUGUAGAAUGUGCAACUAUCUGGGCAUCACCCUUUUCUCUUCAAUCCAUGACAAUGGACUGAAGCAUGCAAGUUUUUGUAUGUCUGAUCAUAUAUGGAGGUUGUUGCCUCUGUCAUGCACAGGCAUUUCCUAACUUUUUUUUUUUUGUAAUAUCAUGUGAAAUUUGCACAAUUUGAUUUUUUUUUUUUCUGUGUUUUGUGACCCACUUUAACAACAGAAUUGUAUCAUUGGAAAUAAUAUAGUCACAGGUCUAAGUAUGUACAUCUGUUGGUAGUAAAGUAUGGUACGCCAUGUCCUCAAGGUUGUAAGUGCAAAACAUUGAACAAUUUAUAUAUUUGUAUAGAAAAGGAUUGACAUA